AUGCAUUUUGCCGUUAUUGCUUUAUUCCCGAGCCUUUCAUUCAUUUUCCCAGCAAAUGUCAGUCAUCUUGCAAGCGUCAUGUACAAAUCUGGAUACACUCCAUCUGCUAAAUAUGACAGAGAAAUUUCGAUUUCCACAGAAAAAUUAUAUCAGCUUCGUCACAACAUCUCGAAUACGUCUAUAUAUGACUUAUCCAAUGAGAAACUUGACAAGUAUCACUACGAAAUUGCCACUACACAAUGUUUAAAACAUUCCGAUUGUACUGAAGUUGAAUAUAUUCGAGACUUUUAUUAUGAUGCAACGUACAUUGUUUCUGACGUAUACAAACGGGCCUAUGGUUGUCUGGAGGAGGAAGCGAGUAAUAUUCUUGCUAACUUUAACAAGUGUCUGAAGGAUCAUCCGCAAGCGAUUGACAGAGAGUUUUUGGAGAAAUGCAGCAGACCAGUCAUCGAAACCUUCAAAUUCACACCCGGCAUGAUUCAGCUUCACCUCACAAUAGUCGCUCUGUUCCCAAAUCUUGGAAUACUGUUUCCACCUAAUGUCAAUCUUAUCAAUAAUCUAAUCAUAGAGUCCGGACAUAACAACUUUUCCGUUGAAUGUGGAGAAAACAUUACUCUCGCAAAUACCUGUAUCGAGAAUUUCAACGCAAAAUGGAAUUUCACAGACUUUGACAGCUUUACUCAAUCUUCGGUAAAAGAAGUUGACGAAUAUCUUGGUGAACUUGCAGAAUCAGACUGUUUGGCGUACUCCGAUUGCCAGAAUUUCAACUUUGCAAGACAGCUCAUUGUAAACUCCAUAAGAAUUUUCAAUGAUUUGAAGGGUAUUGAAUGUCUGCAAAAUAAUGGAACCGACCUUGAGAAAUCCACUCAUAACUGUUUGAAACGUUAUACAUUUGAUUUGAGCAGCAGUGACAUCCUGGAGAAUUGCACAAAUUUCGCAAUUGAAACAUCGGGUUGUGAUGACUCAGAAAAGGAGACUUUUCAAAGAGCACGGGAUGAAAGCAAAAGAAUAUCUGCAGAAUACAGACUUCCUUCUGUUUUUUCGUCUGGUGUAACAAAUUACAUAAGCUUGAUGAGUUGUAUUAUGUUUCUCAUGUUUCAUAUGGUUAUGUUCUGA